UUUCACCAAUAUGCAGACAUGAUGAAAAUACUGUAAUAUGUAUGUAAUUGACAUGAUUACUGUAGUAUUAAAAUGUCGUAUUUUUACGUUUCAGGAUAAGGAUACUUCUGAGUCAAACACGUCGGGAAUUUGAAGACACGUGUGACCUUUGUACCGGGUCAGUCAGUGUAACCCAACAUACAUCAACAUGCCCUGGACUGACGUCAUCAUGACCUGUGUCGAGUUCAAGGUCACUGGAGUCGACUUCACCGUCCCUAAUUCUGAGACUGGAGUGGAGGAGUUGAUGGUUGUGUGUGAUCAGGACGUCCUCUCUAACUUCAACCCUCCUACUGAUUGGCGUUAUCUAGAGAAUGACCAGGACAGAGAAGAGACUGUUUCUUUGGAGAAGACAUUUUACAGAGCAGCCGCCAAGGAGUGGACCCAGAGAAAAAGUCUUGGGAAUAUUAAAACAAAGGCAUCCAAGGCCCACCACAAAGAAGGCCGAACACCGUGGACACGCUUCCCAGAACAGUGCAUGAAACCAAUCAGACAAUUGCUCUACUGUCAACAAGUAUUGAGGAAGAAAAGCUCCAAUCCAGGAAGUAUGAAAAGUACCCAGAAAGUUUGGUAGAUGGAACAGACAUAGAUCAGACAGCCAUCGCAAAUACUAGUAUCACAAAUCUGCCUCCACUGAGCAUGUCCGAACAAAGGGAGGAAGUGAGUGUGAUGUCCCAGAAUUCCUUGUGGGACUCGGUGUGUGACCCCGAGGUCAGUGUGUGGAGAUAUGGACGAUGCAGCCUGGACAAGACUCUCAAUCAGCCUCAGAUCUCAGAACAGUUUGUACAACUUGAGGAGGAUCUAAAGAGGCAGAGGAGAUUUAGUGAUGUGUUUGAAUUACAACUUCAGAGGUGGAUCCAAGAGGGUGUAUAACACUGCUUUAUAGACACAUUGAGAAAGAUUGAAGUCAUCUCACAUUCUUAAAGGCUUUCAUUUACACUUCAUAUUUGUAAAACACCAGUAUUUUCUUUAAGAAAUAAAUGGGUUCUGUAUAUAUUGUUUGAAUUUACAGAGCAGCUGUCAAUGUGUAAAUGAAGAUGUGUGGAUAAUCUCCAUUUUUAUGUCCCCGUAAUCCGAGAUUUGUAUAUUUCAUAUGUAUAUUGCUUGAGACAAGACCUUUGGUUUGGUAAUAAAAUUUUUGACCUACUGACUUCACCUUUGGAGUUUGACUUACUUUUGAAAAACUUUCACCUUGGCCAUAACUUUCGAGUGGUUAGUGAUAGGGCUUUCAUAUUUCACAUGUGUAUUCCUUUUGACAUGACCUUUUGGUACCAAAUCUGUUGUCUUCUUUACCUUGACCAGGGAAUUUGAUCUACUUUUGACAAACUCGAAUCUAGUUCAUAACUUUUAAAUGAUUAAGGAUAGGAGUUUUCAUAUUUCGUAUGUUUUUUCCUUGUAACAAGACCUUUCUUUGGGUACCAUAAAUAGUUUGCUUCCAUAUGGGGGCAUCAGUGCUUCACAAAUGUAUCUUGUUUUUACAUUAAUCUAUGAUUGUAAAUGAAAUGAAGAAAGUACGAUUAAAAUGAAAGGAGAUAUUUUUAGAGAUUUAUUUGUUGGUAGCUGUGACCUG